UUCCUUCUAACAUCUCCCUCCAAAAAAAAAAACCUCUCCAAUAAACGGGAAAAAGGUGGAAAAACCAAUCUUUGUUUAGUCCUUCAACAGAAUCCUAAAUCUCAAAUGCCAAACCCUAGUGACUACAUCGCACUUGGUUCACAAUCUGAAGAAGAAACUGAACCAGAAUUAGAAGAAGAUUCCGAAGAAACCGAAGAAGAACAACAAGAAGAAGGGUUUAUUCCGGUGAUGGAGUCUCCCAGGGUUUUGGCCGAAAAAGAAAGCAAAAAUGGAGAAGCUACGGUGUGUUCCAAUGCGGGAGAGAGUGGGGAAAAUUCUCAAGGGAACGAAUGGAAUCGUGGGGACAUCGAUGGGUUGUUUUGCCCUAUCUGUAUGGAAGCUUGGACUACAACCGGUGACCAUCACGUCUGUUGUCUUCCUUGUGGGCAUAUAUUUGGUUUUUCGUGCAUCCGAAAAUGGCUACAACAACAAGGAACUACAAAAAAGUGUCCUCAAUGUAACAGGAAAUGUACAUUAAAAGAUGUAAGAAAAUUGUUUGCUUCACGGGUUGUUGCUAUUGAUGGAGAAUCACAAAAGAGAAUUCAAUCUCUUGAAGCUAAGUGCAUCUCUCUUGACAAGAAGAAUGCUGCUCUAAUUAAAAAAGAAGCUGAAUGGAAAAAGAAAGAAGCUGAAUGGAAAAAGAGAGAAGCUUUGUUGCAACGAGAACUUCACCAGCUUAAAGAGAAAACAAUUUAUUUGGAGCACUUGUUAGAUGUGAAGCCUAGGACAUUGGGACAUCCACCUUCAAUGGGAGGCUAUUGUGUUCCAUCUCUUGGCUCAGAGUUCAAUGGGCAAGGACCUUUCAUAUUGCAGAAGGAGCUUGGGGUGGAUGGUGCACGGCUAUUUGAUAUAGAUGCUUCAAGCAAAAUUAUAUUAAUGACACGGAGAUUGCAAGGGUUGGGCGGAAUGCAUGUCCUUACCAAAAUGAGCUUGGUAGCUCCAUAUACGAGACAAGACAUUUCAUUGCCGACUGGCUCUAAAGCUGUAAGGGAUCUGCACAUUUGCCCCUCUGAUGGUAGCUUGUCACUUUUUGCUUCCUUAGGAAAGAAAUUAUCAGUUCUCAGCACAAAGAUUAACAAUUUUAUCCUUGCCUAUGAUCUACCGGCUCCUGCUUGGUCAUGUUCGUGGGAUCUCAACGGUUCCCAUCAAAUAUAUGCUGGACUUCAGAAUGGUUCGCUUGUGGUGUUUGACAUGCGCCAAACUGCGAGGCCUUUGGAAUUUGUUAAUGGGCUGACAAGCAACCCAGUUCAUACCAUAUAUUCUUUACAUAAUUCAACCCUUCCUUCAGGUGUUACAGCCGUUUUGUCAGCAUCAUCCGCUGGCAUUUGUCAGUGGAACUUUGGUGGAUCUGAGGAAAGGCAACCUGUUGUUUUGGAGACUGGCAAUCAAGGAGCGUGUAUAUCUCUUGCUUAUUGUCCUAGCAGUGAUGACAUAAUUGCUUCAUUUCGCCCAAGAAUUGACAAUUCUAAUGAAAUGGCAUAUUCUCAACACUUACUGACUCCUGCUAUUGGGCAAGGGGUUCAGGGUUCCCAUGUUCAUUUGAAGAGAUUCGGAAGCAAUUGCUAUCAGAAGUUGGCUGUUACAUGCGCCAAUGUCAAUGAUGUUCGGUUACCAAGAUCUGCAGUUAUGAACAUAGAGAGUCAUGGGUGUUUGUUUGCAUCAGGGGAUGAACUUACAGGUGAACUGGUCUUGCAAGAGUUGCCAUCUUUUACUGUUAUUCAGCAUCUUAAAUUGCGAAAGCAGCCUAUUUAUGAUAUAAAGUAUGUGCAUGAUGUGGAUGGAGGUUUGCUAGGUUGUUUAUGUGAUGAUAUAUUGCAACUUUACGGUAAUCAUGCUCUAAAAUAGAUUUGGAUGGCAACUAGGAAUCUGUCGGAAAGAAUUCCAUUUCUAAGGAUGAAGAUCGUGAAAUAUAUAUAUAUAUCUACCUAAGGCCAUCUGAUGGUUAAGAGUUAUUGCAAUGAUUUUUGUUGAUAUUAUACACCUGCCUUGAACAUGAUUGCAGGUUUCUGAUUGUUCCCAGAGGCGAUCGUCCCACAUAGUAAUAGGGUUUUAAUCUCAGUUUUUUAGUAGCUUUUCUACUUUAUUAUUAAUAAUUCUUUUCCCCAUUUAGCAAGGGGGGGGGGGGCAUUCUUUUUGUCAGCUCCACUUGCUGCUUAUAUUGUAUCAUAGUUACUGGUUUGCGAACUACUUAGAUGAUUUAGUUAAUUGUAUCCCACCUAAGAGUUGCAUAAUCUUGUUAUAUAUGUACACGUGUGUGUCUUUGAAUAUUGACAAUGGAAAGGGUUGGUGUCA